AUGUUUAACACAGCCAGAAAGCCACUGCCAGUGAUGCAGGGGGAACUGCACCACAUCCACCUGCUCCCAGGAGCCACGCCCUACGCAUGCCACACCCCAACAUCGGUGCCAAAACACUGGGAAGAGGAAGUAAAGGCCCACCUUGAAGAGGACGUCGCCCGUGUUGUCAUAGAACCUGUACCUGCUGGGCAGCCGACCAAGUGGUGUGCCCGACAUCCAGAGGAAAUACAAGUGCGUGUUGCAAGAAGAGAAGUGGACUUUGUGGGCUUCAACUUGGGCUGGGAGGCCUACAAGCCAACAGAAGAACGUUUGGCGGCCAUCAAGAACUUCCCGAUGCCGUGUCAGCCCCCUAUCACCGACAUAAGGGCAUGGUAUGGAUUCGUCAACCAGCUGGCACCCUUCCUCGCAACAGCUCCAAUCAUGAACACAUUCAGGGAGUUCCUCAAGAAGCCAACGGGGAAGUUAGUGUGCUGGAACGAGGCACUCCGCACCAAAUUCCAUCACGCCCAGGACACGAUCUGCCAAUUAGCAAAGGACGGGUUGGCCUACUAUGACAGGAGCUGCCCCAUAGCAGCGAUCACCGACUGGAGCAAAGAGGGCCUAGGGUUUGUUAUCCUCCAGCAGUAUUGCCUGUGCAGCUCUGCCGCCACGCCCUUCUGCUGCACGGGCGGGUGGCGCCUGGCGCUAUGUGGCAGCCGCCAUCUCACCGCCGCCGAAGCUGGCUACACCGCCGUGGAGGGGGAAGCCCUCACGGUAGCCUGGUGUCUCCAGAAGGCGAGGCUGUUCCUGCUGGGGUGCCCCAACCUCACCGUCGUGACAGACCACCGCCCAUUAACCAAGUUGCUGGGGGAUCGGUCCCUUAUGGAAAUCUCCAACCCCCAUCUCUUCAGGCUGAAGGAGAGAACCCCGCAGUACCACUUCAGAGUCAAGUAUCUGCCAGGGAAGUGUAACAGUGCGGCAGACUUCCUGUCACGAUACCCCGCCUUGAAAGCCGAUCCCAGCACCCACAACGUGGACCUUGACGAGGACCUCACCAACGCCAUAGCAGCUGCUUUCUUGGCAGUAGUAGAGCAUGACAGCUGCAUUGUGGACAACCCUGUGUAUCAGCUGCUCAUGGCCAAGGUCCUGGCUGGGGACUGGGACGACAGGAAGUCCCAGGAAGUUGCAUGCCUUCGGCCCUUCUACGGUGUCAGGGAGAGGCUGGCUGUCGUCCAAGACUUAGUGACAUACACAUUCAAACAGGGCAACGUCCGCCUAGUUAUCCCGGAGCCUCUUCAUCAGCAGGUGGCUGCCAACCUACACGCGGGGCACCAAGGCCUGGACUCUAUGCAACGACGAGCACGCCAGAUGGUAUACUGGCCUGGACUCGAGGGAGACCUGCAGUAUCGCCGCUCCUUGUGCGAAGAAUGCAACGUUCACGCACCAUCCCAGGCCGCGGAGGAAUUCAUCAUCACGCCGCCCUCCAAGUACCCCUUCCAGAUGACGGUAGCGGAUAUGUUCCAGCACAACGGACACAUGUACAUGGCCUAUGCAGAUAGGCUCACAGGUUGGCUGGAGCUGGCCCACUUCCCCCAUGGUACCUCCUCCUCUCACAUCAAGACCCAGCUACGUCGCUACUUCGCCAGGUGA